GCCAACACUUCCUGUGGGGACCUCUUACCAUUUCAAUAGACACUGUUUGACAGAUCAGGGCUGUGAUCAACUAGAUGAUUGGUUUAGCUAAACCAUCUCCAUAUGUCAAAUUUAAAUCCCAUAAAUUUUUAAAAGAAAAACUAAGGAACACAUCAGAAACCUUGAAAUCCACAUGGAAGAAAUCAGAGACGUUCAAGGACACGCAGGAGAAUCAGGUGAACGUGGAUGCGCUGGCUGAGCCGUCGCAGGUUGUGAAGAAAUCGGAAACGUUUAAGGACCGGACGAAUUUCCAGCAGUCACCGACUCCAUUGAAGCUGAGAAAGGAGCCGUCCCUGAGUCAGGACGAGUUGAAUCGCCCAGUGGAAGCGUUUAUAAAGAAGUUCAACGAGAAGAUGAGAUUGCAGAGGCAGGAGUCCAUUAAUCAGUACAAUGAAAUGAUUAACCGUGUGAGCCACUGAUUAGUUCUCCUAAUUACUUAUUAUUAAUUGAGGAGAGUUACACUGCAAACAGCACUUCUAACAGUGCACAAACUAGUAAAAUAAAAUGUCCAUCCAUUU